ACCACGGCAACAGAAACAAACAUGGCGUCGCGAAGUUAAGGCGUACUGCGCUGAGUUAGAAACUGAAUCUCCUGCGAGGUAUUUGUUAUUUUUGUUGAAGAAUGUAAGCGCGUGUUUGUGAACAUACUGUAAGAUUUAAAUGAACACAUGAAACGAGUGCUGAUUGUCGGUUUGUACGUUUUUGAACGUGUCGGUGACUAAAGCUUUGACGGACGCGUGUAAACGUCAGAAAAACCCACUUCCGGAUCUUCAUCGUCUGCACGUGUGUGAAAACUGUGCUUUAAAGCGCCACCUGUGUCCUCAGAGAUGACGGAGGAGGAAAUGAUGAAGCUGGCCGUGCGUCUGAGCGAACAGGAAGCCAGUGACACGGCGCUUCGACUUCAGCAGGAAGAGGAGGCUGUGAUGAAGGCCAUCCAAGAGAGCAUGGUUGACCAGACUUCAUCUCAGAGUCGAAGCCUCCUCACUGAUGGUGACACGACUGUCGGUCUCUGCUCUCAAAGGAAAUGCUUGCGCUGGAGCAGGAUGAGGACACCGACGACAGACCUGAACCAAGAGUUAAUAUCAACUGCAAAGAAUCGGAGGAAGAAGAAAGAAGGAGGUGUGAGUGUGGAGGGAGCUGAGCUCGCCCAUGACUCGAAUGGAGUCACAGUUGACUCCCUGAAGGUCGCCGAUGACUCGCCGCAGCUUGCCGAUGACUCGCCGCAGCUCGCCGAUGACUCGAUAGGAGUCGCGGUUGUCUCACCGAAGGUCGCGGUUGACUCACUGCAGGUCACCAAUGACUCGCCGCAGCUCGCCGAUGACUCGGCGCAGCUCACCGAUGACUCGAUAGGAAUCGCGGUUGACUCACUGAAGGUCGCCGAUGACUUACCGCAGCUCGCUGAUGACUCACCGCAGCUCGCCGAUGACUUGUCCCAGUUUGCUGAUGACUCGCCGCAGUUUGCCGAUGACUCGCCGCGGCUCGCCGAUGACUCGAUAGGAGUCGCGGUUGUCUCACCGAAGGUCGCGGUUGACUCACCGCAGGUCACCAAUGACUCGCCGCAGCUCGCCGAUGACUCGCCGCAGCUCACCGAUGACUCGAUAGGAAUCGCGGUUGACUCACUGAAGGUCGCCGAUGACUUACCGCAGCUCGCUGAUGACUCACCGCAGCUCGCCGAUGACUUGUCGCAGUUUGCUGAUGACUCGCCGCAGUUUGCCGAUGACUCGCCGCGGCUCGCCGAUGACUCGAUAGGAGUCGCGGUUGACUCACCGCAGCUCGCCGAUGACUCGCCGCAGGUCUCUCCUCUCCGUAUAUCCCCCACCUUCCCAGCGAGUGGCUGCAGGGCGGCAGUUUGCGUUCCUCGACUGAGUCAGAACCUUCUGGAAUCCUGCAGGACGUCUGGGUUUGUGUUGUGUUCUCAGAAAAGCUGCUCAUCCUCACAAAUCACUGUCCAACCCAAGAGCCCCAAGUUUCCCAGAAGCCCAGGUGAAGCAGCAUUGUGUCCUAACAGCCCCGCCUUCUCAGAGACGGAGCCUGGAAACGAUGGCGUGACACAGCUGAGUCCAGAGUAUUUGAAAAGUCCAACAUUUAGUGGGAACAUGCAGUGUGAGACGUCCUCUCAGCAGUCACUGAGACAGUCACCUGACAGAACCACUUCCUGUUCCCUUAGUCCUAACAGCCCCGUAUUCCCAGGAAGCCCCGCCCCUCUCCCAAAGAGAAGGAAGACCUCAAAGAUGGACCAAGAAGAGACACACAGACAAAUUUCAUCACACGCAAAGGACGAGACGACGAGUCACUGUCUGACCCAGCACAGCAGCACUGAUCCUGAUGGAGGCAUCUGCUCAAACACGUCAGGCCAUGCACAGGAAGUGAUGGAGUCACUGAGAGACAAGAAAGCAGGUGAAAUGGAGCUGACCAGUGACAUGACGCUGGUGUGGUCAGAUCAGGACGAUGAUGUCAUCACGCCAACAGGUUAUGAAAGUCCAGUUUUCCCAGAGGAGUGGUCAGUCGGUCAGACACGUGUCAACGCUGCUGCCCUGAACCACAGGUGUCCUACAGGGUGUCCUACAGGGUGUCCUACAGGGUGUCCUACAGGGUGUCCUACGGGGGGUCCAGUGAAGAAGGGCUCAGACGGCAGCAUCGUCUGUCAACAGCAGCUUUCCACCACAGAGCGAGAGCUGCAGCCAAUCAGCAGUGAGAGGGCGGGGCCAGUCGGGCCAACAGUUCACUACUACUGGGGGAUUCCGUUCUGUCCUCGAGGUCUGGACCCAGACUCCUACACACAGGUCAUCCUCACUCAGAUGGACGUUUACACACAGACUCUGAAACACAGUCAGAGGACACUGCUGAGGAAAGCACCGUGGGGCCCGCCGAUCCUGCCCCCGCCCCAGAAAUCUCCAUCACCAGAGUCACCUGCUGAAACUGCACCUGAACACAACAACGUGAACACAAGACGACGUCUCAGACGGAGACACAAACAGCAGAGCGAUGCAGUGGAUACAGAGGAGGAGGAGACAGAAGGUGACGGUGACGUUUGUGCAGAAACUCAAAUGAACAACGCUGACAGCGACAGCACACAAGAUCUGACCGCGCUCACUGACGCCGCACCUCAGAGGGAGCCGCUCCAGUAUGGCCGGGAGUUUCUCCUACGCUUCCGCAGCUCCGGAGAAGGAGUUGUGGACUCAUCGGCAGUCCCCCCCGCGGAGAUCAUCCGGCGGGAUCAUACGGGAGGCCAGGGGUGGUCAUCCAAGCCGACAGGCGUGAGGAAAAGGGGCAGACGUGGUGGAGUUCGCCAGCGCCUUAAAAGGCUGGGACACCGCCGUAUCCCCCUGCCGACCAUCAUUCUUGCCAACGUCCAGUCUCUCCGCAACAAGGUGGAUGAGCUCCAAGCUAACGUCAAGUUUCUGGAGGAGUAUAAAAAUGCUUGCCUCCUCGCGAUCACAGAAACCUGGCUCAAGGAUCACGACUUACAGUCCGACCUGAGGAUCAACGGUUUUGGAGAGCCUGUUCGCCUGGACAGGGACCCCACAGUGACCGGCAAGUCCCUGGGAGGGGGACUGGCUCUCUAUGUCAAUCGGAGCUGGUGUGGAAAUGUGAUAGUCAGGGAGAGUCUUUGUGCUCCGGACAUCGAACUUCUCUCUGUUUCGCUUAGGCCCUUUUAUCUACCAAGGGAAUUCACUCAGCUAUUUGUCACACUGGUAUAUAUUCACCCUAAAGCUAAUGUGGACAAUGCUGUUCGGGCUAUCACUCGCACAGUGCUACAGCUACAAGCUUUAUCGCCAGACGCUCCUAACUUUAUUAUGGGUGAUUUUAAUAACUGUAAACCAGGGAAACACCUGGGGAACUUUCACCAGUAUGUGACAUGUGCAACGAGACUUAAUAAAUGUUUGGAUCUGUGCUAUGGUUCCAUAAAAGGAGCUUACAAGUCCCUCCGGAGAGCUUCACUGGGUGCGUCAGAUCAUAACACUGUCUAUUUGGUUCCGUCCUACAAAUCCGUCCUGAAGAGACACAAGCCGGAACGAAGAUUAGUUCCGGUCUGGACGGAGGAGUCUAUCGGGCGGCUCCAGGAUUGCUACGCUUGCACGGACUGGGACUUGUUUAAAAAUUCGUGCAAGACUGUGGAUGAAAUUACAGAGACGGUUUCUGACUAUGUUAAAUUUUGUGAGGAGUUAUGUAUCCAUAAAAAAUCUAUCUCCAUUUUUCCUAACAAUAAGCCAUGGGUCUCAAAAUCAGUCAAAAACACUAUUAACAAGAGAAACAUAAGUUUUAACAUGGGUGAUAUGGAUACAUACAAGGAGCUACAGAAGCAGGUCAGGAAAGAAAUAAAACUUGCCAAGCAGCAAUAUAAGGAUAGGGUGGAGAACCUGUUCAGCACUGGCAGUGCACGCCCUGCGUGGGAGGGGGUGAAAUCCUUGCUGGGGACGCAGCCCCAUAAGAGUAAUAUCUCCCUAAAUGUGAUGUCUGAUCACGACCUGGCAAAUGAAUUAAAUAUUUAUUCAGACCGUUUUAAUGUCCACGAUUUUAGCAAUGAACUGUCUGCGUUCAUGAGCGUAGUACGCCAGUGCCGGACAGCACUGUGACGGUGCAUGUUGACCAGGAGAGGGUACAGCGAGUGUUCCAGAGGGUAAAGGAGAGGAAAAGUCCAGGUCCUGAUGGGAUUGGAGGUCGGGUCUUGAGGAACUGCGCCGAACAGCUGGCAGGAAUCUUCAGCUUUAUUUUCUCCUGGUCACUCCAGACUCACAGUGUCCCCCGCCUGUGGAAGGACUCAAUUAUUGUCCCCGUGCCCAAAAAUAAAUGCACAAAGACACUGAAUGACUUUAGACCCGUUGCUCUUACCUCCUUGGUAAUGAAGUCUUUUGAGAGGAUUGUGAAAGACGAGCUCAUGAACACUGUGCAGGCAAACUUGGACCCUCUCCAGUUUGCGUACCGGGCAGGGAGGGGGGUCGAUGAUGCAAUAAUCACUCUUAUUAAUAUGAUUGUGGCGCAUUUAGAAGAGGCCAAAAGCUUUGUUCGUCUGCUUUUUAUUGAUUUUACAUCUGCCUUUAACUGUAUCCAGCCCCAUAUUUUAGCCGAGCGUCUCUUAAAUUAUAAUAUCGACAGGAGUCUUAUUUACUGGCUGAUGGAUUUUUUAACUGUCAGAUCACAACGGGUCAGGGCCAAUGGCGUUCUGUCUGAUGUUCUCUUCUCCUCCACCGGCUCUCCUCAGGGAUGCGUCCUCUCCCCUCUCUUAUUCGUCCUAUACACGAAUGCAUGCCGGAGCUCACACGAGAAACGCCACAUUGUAAAGUUCGCUGAUGAUUCAGUGAUCGUGUCCCUCCGGUGCCCGGCCCUGUAGUGGAGGAUUUUAUCCAGUGGUGUAAAUCGUCUUUUCUCACCAUCAAUGUCUCAAAAACGAAGGAAAUGACCAUUGAUUUUAGGAAGUCCCGCCCAGCCAUUGCCCCCCUGUCGAUCAACGACCAAGCUGUAGAAUCUGUCCAGCAGUAUAAAUAUUUGGGGACAGUAAUUGAUGACAGGCUGUCCUUUGAGCAUCAGAUCGAUGCAGUGUGUAAAAAGGCCAACCAGCGCAUGUACUUUCUCCGCAAGCUCAGGAACAUAAACAUGGACUCUAAAUUCAUGGAAAUGUUUUAUUCUUGUUUUAUCGAAUCUGUCCUGACUUUUGCUUUUAUUUGCUGGUUUGGGUCAAUUAACCUGAAGAACCGCAACAGACUUCAGGGCAUAGUCAGAGUGUGCAGUAAAAUUGUUGGUGCUCCACUGAAAGACAUUUCCUUGCUGUACAAAACUAGGGCCCUGAAUAAAGCCAGACUCGUCCUGACCGACCCUAGCCAUCCCUUGGCACCUGAAUUUAAACUGCUCCCAUCCAGACGCAGAUUUCAUGUGCCAAGAUGCAGGACCAACAGAUUUAAAAAUACCUGGGUUCCAGUGGCCAUUGGCCUUCUUAACAAUUGACAGCACUGUGGUCACUUUAAAUCCUGUUUCUUCCAGGAUGGCAUGGUUGCACUUUAUUGGUUGUUUUAUCUAUUUUAUUAACUAUUGUUAACUGUUGUCCUGUGUAUGUAUUUUAUUGCUAUUUCUAUUAUUAGCGUAUGUUGUGUCACUGUUGUACUUGGUUUUUACUGUUGUCUUAUGCUGCUGGCUGCACUACAAAUUGCCCUCCGGGGACAAUAAAGAUCUCUUGACUUGA